UAUUUAAUUAAAAACAUCUGGACUGUAGUGUUGUGAGAGAUGUGUCUGUUUUUUGUUAUAGUAGUUGAAGUUGAUUUGUUUUGUGAACAACGACUACUGCUACUACUACUACUAUUAUUAAAAUAUUGUAGUAGGAUCGAUAACGAUGACGAUGAUGAUAUAUAUUCCGAUUUGGAUGUACAGUUUGUUGUUGGAGUGGUGAGAAAUUUAAAAGAUGGGAAGGGAGCACAAGUCCAACAACAAAUGGGACUUGGGCUUUCAUAAUAGUAGGAUCGAUAACGAUGACGAUGAUGAUAUCUAUUCCGAUUUGGAUACUGACCUAGAUAAUGUUGCUGCUCCUGUUCCAUCUUCCAGCUUAAGUAUGGUGAUAUCCUUGCAGAGUGAAAAUACAUGGCCUUUUAGCUUCUUAAAUACCAUACCUUCUCCUACUCAUCCUUCUCCUCGGCAAUUUUCAGAGGAUGAGUUCCAUCGGUCGUCGGAUGAGAAAUCACAGUUCAACAACCAGAAAUUGAAAUGCACAACUUCUCAAACUUACUGUACAUACAAAAAGGCAAAGCCUUUUGGCAAUGCCCUGGCAUCAGCAUCAAAUUCUGAUACUGAGCAAGACAUUGACAAAGAAAAUGUUCAACCACGUGUUGGCAAUGGGGAGGUGUUUUCAUGCUACAGAAUGUCGCGGGAGAUGUCGGCACUGACUCAUGUGGUGUCUGGACGUGUGACUCAGGAUUUUGCUAAUCGAUCGGAUAAUUGCAAUUCCAACAAGGGGAAGUGCCAAACGUCUCAAAGAAGCUGUCUUUCUGAAAUUGGGAAUGCAUCUGAAGAGCUCCACAAACGUAGAAGUUCUCAAAACAUCCGUUCAUCCAAAACGGAAAAUCCUUGUGGUGAUGCCCCGGCAUCAAAGUCUGAAGGAAUAAUCGCAGGCAAGAGCAUUUCUAACUUCUCUGAGAAAGACAUUAACAAAGUAAAUGCUCAACUAGGUUCAACUCUGUCAAUGUGUAGAGGUAAGGAAUCACAGCCUGAAAAUCAUAGCAGGAAAUGCCAAGGAUCUCAACGCAACUAUCAUUCCAGAAUGAUGAAACAUUUUGAUGGUACUACUGAAUCAAAUAUGAAUGAAAUGGUUAUGUGUGAAAGCAUCUCUAAUUUUCCUGAGAAAGAUAUAAUAAAGGAAGAUGCUGUACCUGAUUUAGCCCUAUCAAAGCGUGGAGAAAAGAAACAACACAACCGCAGAGGUGCUCGAAUCAUCGAUCCAUACAAAAUGGAAAAACCUUGUGGCGAUACCGUGGCAUCAAAGUCUGAUGGAAUUAUUGCAGGCAAGAGCAUUUUUAAAUUGGCUGAGGAAUAUAUUGACAAAGUAAAUGCUCAACCAGGUUCACCUCUGUCAAUGUGUAGAGAAGAUGAGAAAUUAAAGGCUAGAAACUACUAUGGGGAAUGCCAAAGUUCUCAAAGCAACUGUUCUUCCAAAACAACAAAACCUCUUGAGGAUAACCUGGUCUUGAAUUCUAAUAAAAAAAUUGCAGGCAAGAGCAUCUCUAAUUUGCUUGAGAAAGACAUGAAUGAAGAUGUUGUGUCAAGUUCGCAUCUGUCAACACGUAGAGAUGAAAAAUUAGAGUCCAACAACCACAAAAGGAAAUGUCAAAGCUAUCAGAGCAACUGUUCUUCCAAAAUAUCAAAACCUGUUGACAAUCGGCUGGUAUCAGAUUCCGUUGGAAUGGUUGCAGGCAAGAGCAUUUCUAAUUUGCAUGAGAAAAACAUAAACAAACAAGAUCCUCUACCAGAUGAGGAAUUAGAGUGCAAUUCCAAAAAGAGGAAAUGCCAAACGUCUCAAAGAAGCUAUCCUUCUGAAAUGGUGAAAACAUCUGAAGAUGAGGAAUUACAGCCUGACAUCCUUAGGUGGAAAUGCCAAGGAUCUCAAAGCAACUAUCCUUCCAAAAUGAUGAAACCUUUUGAUGAUAACACCAAAUCAAAUUUGAAUGAAGUGGUUACGAGUGAAAGCAUCUGUAAUUUGUUUGAGAAAAGUAUGAUUACGGAAGAUGCUGUACCUGAUUUAGCUCUAUUGAAGCAUGGAGCUACUAGGACAACAUCUUCAACAGGAGAUCAAAACACAUUUCUUGAAUCACGGGAUUCAUACGUGAAGCUUAGGAUCAAGUCUUUUACAGUGCCGGAGUUUCUUGUUGAGAUUCCAGAAACUUCUACCAUUGGCUUUCUGAAGAGAAAAAUUAUGGAAAAAGCAACUGGCAUAGUUGGAGGUGCGCAUGUUGGUGUACUUCUUCCGGGGAAAAAGAUUGGAGAUGAGAACAAAACUUUAUCGGAGACUGCUAUUUCUAAUGAGAGCAGGCUGGAUGUCAUCCUGGAGCCUAUACCUUCACAUGUUCCCCACAGUUGUCCCCUCCAGCUCCCUUGCGACAUAUCUCAGCCUCUAGCGAGGUGCUCCUACACUCCUGUUGUUCAUCAGGGAACUCCUGAUACCUCACUAGAUCCUCUAUUGUGCAAUUCGGGUAAUCUUAUUCAAGGUGAUCAUGACCUGGUGGAGUCUCAGACUAACAUCUUAGUAGGCAAAAACACUGCUCCCAUGGAGGUCAUUGCCCUUCCUGCAAUGAGUGUGGAGCCAUUAGACAUGAGCCCCAUGCAUGAAAAAUCCAAUUCAUCUCAGAAUGUGCAGCGUCGUCGUUCUGAAUUUUAUUCUAUUUCUGAAGUUGAAGCACUGGUCCAAGAGGUUGAGAAACUUGGAACUGGAAGAUGGAAAAAAAUUAGGGAACAAGCUUUUGGAAAUGCCAGUAACCGGACACAUACGGAUUUGAAGGAUAAGUGGAGAGCGCUGGUGAAGACAGCCAAAAUACCUGUCAAUAAAAGGAGAGGAGUGGUUCUCCCACAAGAGCUCUUGGACAGGGUCCUAGCUAUUGAAACUCACAGUUCCCGACUUCGAGCCACCCAACACUAUUAUGAUCCCUUUUCUCUCUCAUGAACUUUACCUAAAGAACUGGAAGAUGCUAGAAAGAGGGAGGGAAUCGAUGAGUUUAGAGCCUUGAUAAGGGAAAAAAUUGAUAAUUUAGAGAUAUUUCUCUAAUUGAUUAAUUAUACAUAUACAGUGGCAAAUUUGUUACGUGAUUAGUUUUUGGUAUAGGAUAAAUUGAAGGAUUAAAAGAGUGCAGGAAAACUUCACCAUAAACUCAAUUCAACUUGGCAAAACCUUAAAUAAUUGGAAUGCUAGAUAAAUUUUGUUUUUGUCAUUUCACUUUGUCAAGUUCGAUUACUUCAGUUUAUCGUGCUUUGUCGUGUUUUUGUUUAGUAUUUCAACCCAAUUGGUUUUGUGUUCCCUCACCCCUCCUUUCUCCUACAAACUUCCUCACUGGUGUAAUUGUUAACAUUUGUUGUAUGUGCUCUUGACAUUUGUCUAUAAUUUCUAUAAUUAUGAUUGUUGUUAAUAUUUA